GCGGGGAGCCGGCAGCAGCGAGCGGGGCCCGGCGGCCAGCCCGUCCCCGGCCCGCACGGAGCUCUCGGCAUCGGCCCCCGGGGGGGCGGCGACGGCGACAACGACGACGACGAGCGGGGCCCGGGCGCAGCCCCCGAGAUGAGCAGCCCCGAUGCGGGCUACGCCAGCAGCGAGGACCAGGCGCAGGGGCGGUGCUCGCUGCCCAUCAUGAUGCCGGCCGUGGGCCCCUGCCCGUGGGCAGAGGCGCUGAGCCCGCUGGGCGAGGCGAAGGCGAAGAGCGAGGCGGCGCCGUCGGGGCCGUCGGGCGGGCGGAGCAAGAGCGAGGCGCGGAUCCGGCGGCCCAUGAACGCCUUCAUGGUGUGGGCCAAGGACGAGCGCAAGCGGCUGGCGCAGCAGAACCCGGACCUGCACAACGCCGAGCUCAGCAAGAUGCUGGGUAAAUCGUGGAAGGCGCUGUCGCUGGCGGAGAAGCGGCCGUUCGUGGAGGAGGCGGAGCGGCUGCGGGUGCAGCACAUGCAGGACCACCCCAACUACAAGUACCGGCCGCGGCGACGGAAGCAGGUGAAGCGCCUGAAGCGGGUGGAGAGCGGCUUCCUGCAGCACGGCCUGGCGGAGGCGGCGGCGGCUGCGGCGGCGGCCGGGCCGGGCAGCGAGGGCGGCGGCGGCGGCAGGAUGUGCGCCGAGAGCCUGGGGCUGCCCUACGGCGAGCAGGGCUACGCGGCGGGGCCGGGCGGCGGCCACUACCGGGACUGCCCGCCGCUGGGCGCCGCCUUCGACGGCUACGGGCUGCCGACGCCGGACCCGUCGCCGCUGGACGCGGCGGACAGCGAGGCGCCCUUCUUCGCGGCGGGGCUGCCGGAGGAGGGCGGCCCGGGGCCCUACGGCAGCUACGGCCCGCAGGCGGCCGGCGAGUACCCGGCGGCGGCGGCCGGGGAGAGCCCGUCGGGGGCCGCGCUGCGGCGGCACCUGGCCGCCGGCGAGCCGCUGGGGCCGGCCGGCUCGUUGCAGGGGCUGCUGGGCUGCCCGGCGCCGCUGCACGCCUACUACGGGCAGAUGUGCCAGCCGCCGGGCCCGGGCCGCGGCCCCCCGCCCGUGCUGCCCCCGGUGCUGCCGCCGGUGCUGCCGCUGCCGUCGGGGGGGCAGCCGUCGCCCCCGCCCGAGGCGGCGCCGUGCCGGGAGGCGCUGGAGCACUUGCCGCAGGACGAGCUGCUGGGCGAGGUGGACCGCGCCGAGUUCGAGCAGUACCUGCGCUUCGCCUGCAAGGCCGAGCUGGGGCUGCCCCUGGCCGGCCACGACGCCGCCGAGGGGCUCUCGGCCGGGCCCAUCUCCGCCGCCGUGUCGGACGCCAGCAGCGCCGUCUAUUACUGCGGCUACCCCGACGGCUGAGGAGGGACUGCCACGGAGCCGCCCGGCCCCGCUCCUAUUUAUGUAAUUUAUUGGAGGCUUCUCGGGACACUUUCGCAGGCUCCGGCUGGGCGGAAAGGUGCGGUUGCCGUGCAGAUUAAAAGCAUGUGUUUCAAACUGGUCCUGGACUGAUGUGCCAGCAUGUUUACACUUCUUAUUUUUUACGUCCAUGCCCGAAAUUAUGCUCAUUCUUGCAACAUCAGCACCGUUACUUGUCUUCUCAGAACACAGUUUUACCAGCUGCUUUUAACUAUAAAUUAUUUUUUUCUUUUUUUUUUUCUUUUUUUUUUGUACUUCAAGGAAAUAAAUUAAUGUACAGCCUCUUCUGUCAUUCUUGUCGGUCUUACGGGCCUCUAGGGAGGCUAAACUACUUAAAUCAUUCAUGCCCUAAAGUGUGGUGAGGGGAAUACAGGUGCCCUGUGACACGUCUUUUUACCAUAACAGUGACUCUGGAAGAGUAAAACGGUCACCAGGACCCCGGGAGUUUGUUCCUGUCCCAGAGCUGGAUGGCCAGAGCUAUGCUGAUUUCUGUCCCUUGGAGUUAGGACACAUGUGACUGUACCUAGCUGUGGUCUUUGUAAGCGUUCUUUUUUUUUAGCCCUCUCUUUUGUCUCUUUUGUAAGUGUCAGCUAGAAUUUGCAAUUGUCAUUAAUGCAUCGGGAAUAACCUCUGCCCUGAAAGUGUAAUCUCUGUAACAGAAGGAGCUAGGUAAGUUUGAGAUACUGCUUUUAAAGUACUUUGUCAGAUUUGGAUACCUGUAGACAUGAAGGUGAUUUUGCCUUACAUUUUCUAUUUAAACCAAAUUAUUUGCAACGAAUCACAAAUGGUAUUUGUACUGUAUUUGCAAGUUCUUUUAUUUUCUGCCACCUACCACAAGAAAGCUUAGGCCAUUCUGCCUCUUGGGGUUCAGGCUUCCACCAGUAAGGAGAAAAAAAAAAAAACGUUGCCCAAAUGCUCAUCUCAAUUGCUCUCAGUCAACUGCUGGUAUAAAUUACCCAUUAAAACAAGAGCUUUUUUUUUAUUUUUACUGAUUCACUUGUACUGCCCUGUGACAUUUCCGCCCAUGCAACAACGUGUACUACAUCUCCUUGUCAUUGUAACACUGUCUACUUAUGCAUAAAGCAUACGUGACUCUUCUGUCUGGAAGGUGCUGGCCGGGGUCAACGCACGAUAACUGUUGUAAAGAGUUUCAGAUAUUUUAAUUGUCAACCAACAUUGGAAGAGAUAUCAAUAAUAUUAGUAAUAUAAAUAUUUUUAGAUAAAAGUACUUUAUCUUGCACUAGAUUCUUAGACUACUGAAUCGUGGAUGAAGAAAAUCAGCAAAAAUUUCAGUUGUGUAAUCUGUGUUCAGUUUUGUUAAAGUUAUGGUAACUGUGGUCUAUGACAAUGGUUAUUUGCUGAACACCUGUUACAUAUGCAACGCAAGCUGAAUUAUUUUCAGACAAAUAAUCCAGUAGAAGCAUUCUUGAGCAGAUAGUCUUUUAUAUAUUUCAGAAAGUGUAAUUUUAUUUAAUUCAGAGGAAAUUUUGGUUAUGUCCACUGACUUCAAUGGAGUUGGGAUUGCACUGAGUCAUGUAAACUCUUUUAACUGCAUGUGUGCAGGGUGUUGAAAUGUUCACUUGGAAUUGUGGUUGCCCCAGAUUAUUGUGGCAUCAUUUUUUUCUGAAUUUUUACAAUGAGAAAAAUGUGAAGGGUGUGGUGUCAGAUAUUAGGAGGUUUAAGUACAAGAUGGGAAGUAAGACACAUUAGUGUUUUACAUUCUUAUUUUAAUUUGUCUGGAAAAAAACACUGAAUAUGUUACAGCGAGUACAAGUUUAACAGCAGUGACAACACUUGUAGCUCCUAGAUGACCAGCCCUAGUGGUCAUCUGACCAUCAUGGUUCUCACACUCCCCCAUUAUGGACUGCUAAAACUAGGAGGUGCUCUUGUUCAAGUCAUUGCAUAAAUGUAUUUUUUUCUAAAAGAGCAAAAGACUAGUGAAGACAUGCCUUAGAUGCUUACAUUCAGAGUAGACAUUUAGAUACAUUGAAAUCAUAUUAUUUUUGUAGGCAUUGCUUUUGUUUUCUUAUAUUAAUUUGUUGCAGAUGUCCCAAGAUUUUUUUUUUCUAUAAUACAAUAACAUUAUAGUGUUAUUAACAGUACCUAACUGAAUUACGUGAUAAAAUUUUAAAAGAAUCCUCCUGUGAAAGAAAGUUAAAGAAGAAAAGCUUAGUUUAGGAAAUCCAAAAAUAAAGUGAAAGAAUGUCCAGAAUUAAGGUUACCACUAAAUAAUUUCUAGAGAGUAAUGUUAUGACACAAGCAUUUAUUGGAUAUGGAUGUGCAUAUUUUCUAUAGAACCCCAACGCAGGUAAUCCAUAUCUUACAUAGAACGGACAUACAAAUAUUGAAACCAAAAGGCUCUGUAGUUCUAGCAGUUACAGCACUUUUUCUUUCCCAAGCCAAGUUCCUCUUGCCUUCAGUUGCAGUUAUGAGAGCUCAACACUUCUGCAAAUGGUCCCAAACUGACUGCUUGGUGUAAAGAGAUGGAUUGGUGCAAGGUUCUGAGUCUCAAACUCUCUUACUGCAUAGAACCAUAGCAAAUACAGAAUGCAGGUCUCCAAAGUACCAUUAAAUUGCCCUGACCUUGAGGUGACCAUUUCCCUGCUUCCUUUGACCUCUGCUGUUGCUCGUCCCUUCUUCAUUUGCUGUCUGCCUUCUAAUACCGAUUUUUUCCUAGAGCAUUUUUCAUCGUCUGUAUGAUAGCAGCAGCUGAGGAAUGCCUUACCAAACAGUAUGUAUUCCAGCCUGAAGUUUGAGCCUGUAUUUUGACCUGACACAAGGUGAGGACUGAGAAACAGACAUCGAUAGUGUUUUUUUGAGAUAAAAAUUCAGGACAGCAAAAUGGUUCCAGGGCUGUGCAAUAAUUGGUUUGAUUUCCAUGUCUGGAAGGACAGCAGUUAUUUUUCCUGUCUUUUCUGCAUCUUUCCUUUUGCAGUAGCUUCCUUCUACAAUACUUUUUUUUGCCAAGCUUAUAUUCCUUUUGUGUCUCACAUUAGUAUUCUUCCUUUUCUGUAACAUCCCUACCUGGUAUGCAUAACCUUUUCCUCAAAUAGCCUUUUUCUGUAUUAUCCUCAAACAAUCAAGCUUCUUCCCUCUGUCUGGAUUCUACCCAUAUACCAUAUGCUGUUCCUUUUCAUAAGUGUUUUUUGUUUUUCACCUCUUAUUCUUUCCUGCUGGUAGUUCCCCACUCUCUCUAUCCACAUCCCUACUCCCUCUGAUUCUGUUCCUGCCCCAGCCAUGCCCUCUUUCCUACCUCAUUAUGUCCCUUCAUCUUUUCUCUUCUUUCUCUCCUCCCUGUGCCCGUGAGGUGGCUUCAUCUUUACCAACUUCUUCCCUUCUUCAUGUUUCAUGCUCCAGUGCUCCUCAUCAGACUUUUUUUUUUUUAUAAAUAGUUUCUAUUUUGGAGUUUCACAAAGGAGAAUACUAGUCACACCUCUGUGUGAUGCCUAUACCAGGCUAGAUAUUAAAAUUGUACUGCAAAAUGUUUCUAGGAUUGAUUUAAUAUGUUUGAAGGAACAUAUUUCGUUUUCAGAAGCAUAUGACCAAUUUUACUGGAAACUUCUGCCCUCCUCUAGAGCCAGCUCUUUGGGAUGAAAAAUUCCUGGUUGUUCAAAUAUUCUGCUAAAACUAUUAAAAACUGAUUUGAUAUUCUUGAAAUGAAAAGUCUGAGAUGACUCUAGUUGUGGGCAUCAGUAUCUGUCAUGUUCAUCAUCAGUAGUGUUUUAUUUUGUUUUAUUUUAUUUCCUAGAUCUGUUUUACUGAGGCCACAUUGCUUUGAUUAAUUUCCAUAUUAAUGUAGUGAAACUGAUGUUCCCUUUGCAGACGUUCUUAAUUGAUUUACCUAUUCAAUCAAACUUAAUUGAUUUACCUAUUGAAAAUCUUAUCCAUUCUGAAAUGAAUACGGAUAUUCAGACAAGGAAAAGCUAUUAAGUGUUUUAACAACCAAUACAUUUAUGGCUUUAUGUGGAAUGAGAACUACAUUAAUCUAAAUUAAUACAGAAAUUUUAAAGUUAGGGUUACAUACAUUAAAGUUAGGGGUACAAAGUAGAGAAGCCUAGGCUAGUUAGUGGAACAAAAGCAGUUUAACUUUGUCAGCAUAGUCCUAAAUAAUGGCAAAUUUCUACUUCUUGUCAGGUAAAUUAUAAAUAAACACCUACUCUUACCCUGGUUAUUUAAAAAUGUAUUUAAAAGGCUACACAAUUGUGUAGAGACAGGGGAUUUCUCACUGGGUGUCUUACUGUCCAUGGAAGACCUUCUCACUAAAAAACAGGUAGUACAUUGUAAAGUACCCUCAUUAGUUCUUUUUAUCUUUUUUUUUUUCUUGUUGAGAUUAAAUAUAAGUUAUCUGCCCUAGACGUAGUUAAAACGUUAAAAUACCUACUGUAUGUGUCACUUCCAUUUGAAAGUGCCACACAUCUUUGAAUACUAAUCACACAAGUUUCAAGUUUU